UUAUUUAACUCGUCUCUCCGUCCUCCCCCACUUCCCCAACGCGCCACCAAGAGGGUUGCCUUCCUUCUGCGGCUGGAACCACGGAGCAGGGACUCACUUGAAACUAUUUUCACACGCAAAAUAACAAUUACAUCAGUGCGACUAGUUGCGUAUUGAGUACUGCGGAAUUGAUACAAAUCGAAGCCGUUUAUUGUGGCACAUCAGUAUAUUUUAAGAACUCCUUUUGUCCUUCCAACAUUUCUCAUCACGCGUAAAUAAAUGCGUUUUUAUCCGUAACUGUAUUGUAGAAGUAGUUCGAAUAUACUGUUUAAUUGGAGUGAAGAGAAUGGAGCGGAUCCCAAGCGCGCAACCACCUCCUCUGUCCAAACACCAGGCGGAUCUGUCGGACUUGCAGGGGAUGGAUUUCCCGAUGUAUGUUUAUAAACCCAGACGAGGAAUGAAAAGAGGAGAGGAGAGCAAGGAAACCUACAAGCUGCCUCACAGACUUAUUGAGAAGAAAAGACGUGACCGGAUAAACGAGUGCAUCGCUCAGCUGAAAGAUUUAUUACCGGAGCAGUUGAAACUCACGACUCUGGGCCAUCUGGAGAAGGCUGUGGUUUUAGAGCUUACACUCAAGCAUGUGAAAGCCCUCACUUCUCUUCUGGAGCAGCAGCAGCAGAAGAUCCUCGCUCUGCAGAGCGGCAUGCAAAUUGAUCAGCCUGCUGUCAACCAGGAGAAGUCAGAGGAGAUGUUUUGCUCUGGCUUCCAUAUUUGUGCCAAGGAGAUGCUUCAGUAUCUAGGCAAUCAUGAAACUGAUGGAGAUUUCACCCCAUCCCAUGUGAUCAAUUACCUCCACAAGUUAGCCGCAGAGGUGCUGCAAAGUCCGGUCCGACCCCGCACUCCUCCCAGCCCGCAAACGGAAGACAUCCCUGCCUACCUCCAGAACCAACCUCACAAGGAGAUGCCCACCAGCUUACCCCCUAAACCCAUUGAGGGCUAUGGGAGGAACUGUGUGCCCGUCAUCCAGCGGGCGCACGCUCCAAUGAGCAGUGAGCAGAGUGGCAGUGAUACGGAUACGGACAGCGGCUAUGGUGGAGAGCUGGAGAAGACUGAAUCUGGGGUGCAACAGGGACGUCCAGAUUACUACGGUAAUGGGAGCCAUCUGAAGCGAGCACUCGGCGAGAGGCAGAGCUCCAGCAUCAAACGGGAGGAUGAAGAGCCGCGCCACAAACGACCCCGGGUGGAGUCAUCAGAGGACGAGCUGCUCUCUGGAGGAGAGUCAUCAGCAACAUCAUCGGCCUCUAGCGGUUAUGGCAGUUACAUGAGCAACCGGCCAACUCUUCCACAUCCUCUCUGCAUGCCUUUCUACCUCAUUCCACCUUCUGCUGCAGCCUACCUACCAAUGCUGGAGAAAUGCUGGUACCCCGGGGCCAUGCCCAUGCUCUACCCUGGCAUGGGAGGCUCUGCACCCACCAUGCACAACGAAAGACCGCAUCCACCUCAGCUAAUGAUGUCUCCCAGAGGAGGCUCUCCGGUUCCAGCCAUAUCUCAGACCCCCAUGGACUCCCCUGCCCUCCUUCAGGCUUUAAAGCAGGUACCACCCCUCAACCAGGAAACCAAAGACUGAGAGAAAAAGGGUAAAGAGGUGAUCCUGUCCUCGUACCCAGGAGCAGAGACAGUAGUAGGAAUGAAAACAUGACUGAGCCUUUCCAAAACCCAUCCUCAUUCCCGUUCUCUGUUCCUCAGCCUGGAGGGCAAACAGCAAACUGGAGGACUUGAUCAAGAGGAGAUAGAGGAGAGAGCAACAUCCACACCCAGAGGAUGGAAAGCUCUGGUUGAAUGUUAAAUACUCAGUGCUAUUACAUCAUAUACACUGGACCGGCCCUACACACACACUUGGUUGAAUGUAAAGAAAAAUACGUUUUUGAUGCUGCAGUUAAAGUUUAAACGCCAAUGACUGAUGCAUCUUGUAGCUGCAAUCGAGACGCACCGUCUUUGUACUUUAGAAAGUAUUGCACCAAUUGUUAGAGGUCAUUUUUUACCCAAAGUUUAUUGCCUAUGUUCUUUAGGUCUCCAUAACGCUCAUCACUGAGAAUGCCCUUCGAACCAGACACUAUGAUGACUGGCCCCAUGAGAUACAAGGGGUUCCUCAAAGGUACACCCUAUGGAGGGAUGGAGGAAUGGGCCACCGCAUGACCACACUGAAUGAGAAGUCUAGUUUUUCAUUGACAAACACACAGGUCAGAUGGAUUUCCUGUAAUUAUUGUUCAUAGCCUUCUUGUACAUUUCUAUUUUUGAUACCGGUUCUCGCACUCUGUCUGUCCAGAGAGAUAGAAGGUGGGCCGAGUGCAGAUAAUUGUAUGUUGUGUACUCAGAAAUCUGUGUACAUAUUGUAGCACUGUGCUGGACCUGGUCUGCAUACUCAACAUCUGUUUCUGCUCAAGUCAAACCUGGUGUUUGUUCUUGCUGUUGCCUUUUACUUGUGAAAAACUGAUACAUCUCAGAUGUUUAUUCUCUGUACUACGUAUGAAUACUGGAGUCAAAGGAGUGAGAAGGAAAGAAGUUGAAUGUAAAAGUUUUACCAGAAGACUAGUUUUCUAUAGAAAGAGGUACUUAAGAUUUUAUAUUUUGGGACCUACGUGAAAGAUGUUUGAUGUACAUAUUUUGUCUAUAAAUGUUAGUAUACAUUAUAUAAGUGUAUUAAUAAAGUAUUUUUUUCCCGUGGAAAAUCA